GAUCUGCAGAGAGCGAGACAACGGAAGACAAAGUAACACAGGGAAGUAGCGACAGGACAUGAGCGGGACGACAUUACACACGACGGAUCGGUACUCAUUGCAUGUGGUAGGGAGAUUGGACGGACCAUUGGUGUUAGUGAUCGUAGAGCUCCAACUCCAUACCAGACUAUGCAUAGUUGAGGAGGCAGAGUGUGUCCGCCGUGCCCUGCGUGAAGCAAAGGGGACAGGACUUUGGAUUGGAAUAGAAGGAGGACGAAGGAUAAAAUACGUACUUCGAGUAACACCCUUUGAAGGGCGGUCGCGGAUAAGAGCAUGGUACGAGACGAUCAGAGAGGCUGAGAGGUUGAAGAUAAGCGAAGCCAGGAAAGCUGGAGAGUUAGAAAGAGUUGUAACAGACGGUGCCAUACUCAGGGUGCUAGCUGCUCACAGUCGGUACUGGAAGAAGUCGAUAAAGACUUUAGAGGCCAUAGAAGAUGGUGGAGAUGAGGAGGACUUUGAGACAUUUUAUGACAUAUUGGAGCGGUCGGCGAUGAGGUUACAACAAGGAGGGUCUGUAGGAGACCGGCGUAACGAUCCGCGCGGUCGGAAUGAGAGAGGGGGAUAUGGCGUCUCAUCAGAACCAUAUCCCAAGUCGCCUGACCCCAAGGCGGCCAGGAGUUCGAUCUCUAGAGGCGCAGACGACAGGGCAUCUACUCCCAGGAACUCAUGCGUCUACUGUAGAGGAGAAAAUCAUAUCAAGAGGGAUUGUCCGGACCUCAGACGGGCAAUAGAUGAGGGACUUGUCGUGMUUGAUGACCGCAAGUACGUCAAGUGGGCAGAUGGUCUGGGAGAUGUAUCGAUGUUCCCUUCGAUGAAGGAGAAUGUCGAAGCAAGGAGAGUAAAGCCGAGUAAAGAAAAGGCGCCGGUCAGGAGCCAGAGCAUCAAGAUAACCUUUGAGGGGGAUAUGGCGACCAUACCCAUAAGGGUGGCAGCCACCAAGUCGGCGAGAGUGUCUACAUCGAAGAAGACUGACACGGACUACGUGAUGACGGAGAAGGACGGGCAACGGGUUGAUGGAGAGGAGGUUAUCCUUUCGCCGCGAAAGAGGGGAGUGAAGAAGUUCUUAAUGAAGAGUUCGCUGGACGAGAUUGACACGGUCGAGCCACUGAGGCGGGCCCUUCGGCAACCCAUGCAGUGCUCUAUUCUGGAGUACCUGGCGGCAUCGAAGCCGGCUCGUGAUGAGUUACAAAUGAUCACGCGGAAGACUCGCAUACCUCUGUCGGAGGAGGGUCUGGGGGCCCCUAAGGCGGAAGCUCCUACAGUAGCAGUAACGGGGAUGACUGCCAGAGCGGAUCGCAUGGCGACAGUCCUUCUCGAUGGAAUGAAAGGUGUGCCUCCAGACAAGUUUUAUAUACUUGGUAGCGGGGCCGUGAAGACGAUUAUAAACGAUGGAGCGAUACUCGAUGCUGUGAUCGAUAACGACAGUGAGACUGUCAUCGUAGACGAGGACCUGGCAGUACAGGUUGGACUGGGCCUCGAUAGGUCAUACCUAUUCGAGAUAGAGACGGUUGAUGGGAGAAAGCAACAGAUCACUGGGGUUUGUUACAAGGCAGCCAUAGAGGUCCAAGGGGUACGAGUGACCCUGCCUGUCUUUGCAGUCAAGAACUGCAGCUCUGACCUGCUCUUGGGUCGAACGUGGCUGAGCCACGUGCAUGCAGUGACGAUAGAGCGACCUGAUGGGAGCCAAACAUUGUCCAUUAGGAAGCCAGACGGGACGCGGGUAAUGAUUGAGACAGUGGAGCCUCAGGACCCGAGGAACAGAGCAACUCUCGCUGUGGGUGCGAGACCCAGUGAUCAGAUUAAGUCGUUACCUAUCUCCGGCCGCGCGGGGCGAUUUUGCGAGAAGAAAUAUGGACCACUGCUCACAGAGGAAGAAGGUCGGAUCAUAGAGGUGGAAGAUUUAGGGAGUCGGCUAAUAGUGGAUGGCAACUCGUACCCAGAGGAAAAAGAUGAGGAAUUUGGCGGUGUGGUAUCCGUGUCUUUUUUUAAGGGCACGGCCCCCUACGGGGGGCUACCCAAGCGACACAAGCGAGUAGCUCAAAAAGUUAAGCCAGCGGCGGUGAGCCGCGAGCGAUCUCCACUGGAAGGGAUAUCGGAAGAAGAGAUCGCGAAAGGAAUCAAAGAAAGAAAGAGAAAGGAGUCACAACGCCUAACGGAAGAGAGGAUAGCAGGGAUGGACAUCGGAGAUGGAAAUCUGACCCCACAGGAGCGAGAACGUGUGAUAAAAAUUCUGAAGACAUGUGAUAAGGCAAUAGCUUUCAGCGACGCGGAGCGAGGUAGGGUUGACCCUCGAUACGCUAAGCCAGCAAGGAUUUACACGAUACCACAUGUUCAUGGAAUGACGGGGGAUGGAAAUACGCCCAGAAGGAGAAGAAAGAAGUUAUCGCUUUCCUGAAAGAAAAGAUGGUUUUCCAUGUUGCGGAGCCGUCUGAUAGCACUUAUGCU